CCAUCCCACUUAACGCAUUUCCUUCGGCUCUAUCACGUGUUCUGAGGACGGCCCGCUUACAUGCCAAUCACUCAUAUGCUCCUCCCUCUUACGGCUUCACUACGGUGGUGACGUCAUAUAGGUGCGACGGAAAAUGAAUCCUUUAACAAAAGUAAAGUUGAUCAAUGAGCUCAAUGCUCGUGAGGCCAAACUUGGUGUAAAGGAUUCGGUGUCUUGGCAUCAAGACUACAAAGACAGCGCAUGGAUUUUUAUGGGUGGGCUGCCGUAUGAGUUGACAGAAGGGGACAUCAUCUGUGUCUUCUCACAAUAUGGGGAAAUAGUAAAUAUUAAUCUGGUGCGUGAUAAAGUAACAGGACGCUCUCGUGGAUUCUGCUUUCUGUGCUAUGAAAAUCAGAGAAGUACAGUGCUGGCUGUAGACAAUUUUAAUGGCAUUAAGCUGAGAGGGCGCACAAUCCGUGUGGAUCACGUAGCAAAUUAUCGUCCACCUAAAGAUGGUGAGGAUAUUGAUGAAGUGACCCGGGUCCUGAGGGAGAAAGGCUGUGGUACGAGGACACCUUCACCAUCUUCGUCAGAGGAAGAUGUGGUGGAAGUGGAAAGGCCCAAGAAAGAGAAAAAGAAAAAGAGAAAAAAAGACAAGGACCGCUCAAAAGACCAAAAUAGUGGAAAGGUCGUGAAGGCGAUUAAACAAGAACGUGAUGAUCCAGGGUAUGAAAAAUACAAUACUAAACAGCAAAGUUCUAGAGGUAGUCGGAAUACUUCCCCAACAGAUACUGGUUCAAGAAGUAUUUCUAACCCAUCACAUUAUGACAAGCACCGAGGUCAUCAUAGUGGGUCUGACAGACAUACCGAACAAAAGCAUAAGAUACCAGAAAACAGACACAGAGAUGAUGGAUCAAAAAGGCCGAAAGAAUAUGAGACGAGAGAACACGACAAGAGGAGAAAAUGACUGUAAUUAGAUUUAUAGUAAAGGGAGUCAUCCAGGAGGAUUUAGGCCCCAAAAUUGCCGCCAACCUGUCAUCCAGUAUGAGUGGAGCGCAUGCCGUCUGCAGCACAGCUCCCCCCCCCCCCCCCACUAUCAGCUACUUAUCCCCUAACCUGUGGAUAGGGGACAAGAUCAUUUUGUCUGGAGUUCUCCUUUUAAAGUGUACAGUGCCCAUUUUAAAUUAUAA